AUGUGGUGUUUUAUUUUCCUGUUAAUACCUGUAACCUGUUUUCCUGUAACACCAAAAGUUCUCAUCUCCAACUGUAUUAAACCUAGUCAUAGAACGCUACCACUAAUUAGCAUAAACCGUCACAGCUGCAUCGUGGUCCCACCAUACAGAUCCAAAAUGAGUCCCUCUCAAGCCAAGAUCGCUUCCUGCUUGAUCUGGUUGGCCACAGCCGCAGUAUUCAUUCCAGUCACGUUGUGGUUCAGAGAAAUCCACUCUGAAAACGACUUGACAGUGUGUUCGUUGGUGUUUCCCAAAUCGGACACAGUCAGCUUAUCUAUAAUAUUUAUAGUAGUUGUAGUCCUAUUCGCUAGCCUCCUGCCCAUGGGCUUACUAGUCUACCAUUACCAGCAGAUAUUCCAGAAGAUAUUAUCGACUAAAAAUGCCUGGUCUACAUCGUGCGUGGUAAUCAGUGCUGUAGAGAUAAAAGGCUGUAGCAGAGCCCAGACGAGAAGACAGAGCGAACUCAGCCUUUCAGAUAUAUUCGUACCCUGGCCACGAAAGUUCUCUACACAAAUGAGCACGUCCAACGCCAGCAGACACGGUUCUUUGUCCACUCAAGAGGAACUGAGACUUAACAAACACAUCAAAGUCGUUCAAAUACUAUUUCUAAACGUUCUAGUGGUCCUAGCUAUGUGGUUACCGAUAACAAUCGUCAUAGUACUUAUUCACAUAGAUGGCAGAAAGGACAACAAUGACAGGAACUAUUUUCUACGAUCUUGCCAUUUUAUAGCGGCUUUACUUAUAGCUCUAUCCAACACUGUAGUCAAUCCUUUACUUUAUGGAGUACUCUCUGACAAUUUUCGAGUUUGCCUCAUGAAAAUUUGGUGCAGAAGGAAAGCCUCGUUGCUAGAUCCAGCUACGCCAUCUAGCGGUAGGCAAAAUGGUAAACUGAAGAGGCCCAGUGCUUCUUUGAGCGAGAAGAGUGAGAAAAGUGAAAAAUACGAUACAGAGAGGAAAACUGUCAAUUGUAUAGUUUAAGUCGAAUUAUAAAUUAGCUUAUAUAAGUUAAGUCAAUAAAAUAGAGUUAUAUA